UCUUCUCAACAGUGUCAUCUGUGUCUAUUGUAUAAUAUUAUUUGUAUGUCGGAUAGUUAAAAAUAGUUGAAAAGUAAAUCUUCAUAAAUCGAUCGAUUUGAUAAAUGCAUAUGUGAAUAUAUAUGUGUAUAUAUAUAUGUUCGAAUAAAAAAUAUUUUUCUCCUAUUAAUGGCUGCGAAUGACAUUAAGCAAACUCUUAGAAAAUUAGAUUUUCCUUAUUGUGCUAAAGAGGCAUUAGCCAGAAUCGAAAUAUUAUGCACCAGACCCGGAAAACAAAUGGAUCUUCAAGGGGAUCUAAUGACAGAAUUUAUUUUUGGAGAAAUAGAAAGACGUAAGAAACGUAAUAUGACCGUUGCUAUGCAGGAGUUGCAACUCAUCGAAGUUUUAAGUGACUUUUUUCAAAGUCCGGGUGGUAGUCCCGCAGUACGAAAUGCUGUUUUUCUGUCAUUGUUUCCAGCAGAAAGUCCAAGAUAUAAAAUUUUAGGCAAUUUGGUAUCUCUAGCAAUUGCUACUCAAAAUAAAGCAAUCCUUAAUGCAACUGGAAUUUGGAUGCAGCAAUUGGGUUCCACUUCAUCUCAAAGCGUAGGACUGGCAAGGCAUGUACUCAAUGACUAUUUUGUCCUUACACCAAAAUCUAUUGACAAGCUAAAGCAGCUUCCUGUCCUUGCCUCCCAUUUCACCGCAAACUUACUGACGGCAAUAGGUGAAGUUUAUGAAGAUAAAGAUCCGCCUACGGAAUUGCUCAAAUUAAUAGGAGAAUGGAUAGAUGAAAAUCCAAGUUUGUUAUUAACACCUUUGAUGGACAAUCCUGCAUUGCCAAGCGGUGGUAUACCUAUGACACCAAUAACACCUAUAGCUGGUCUUUUCAGAUGGUGCAUUUUAAGUCCAUUACGCUUUGAUAUUACAGUCAAUGGUGAACAGGAAGAUCGGAAAAAGAGUUAUUCCAAAAUUCAGCAGUUACUUAUGGACUCUGUAUUGAGGUUGAAGAGCGGUGGGACUAACAAACAUGCUAUAUCUGCACAACAUUUAGCAGCCACUGUCCGAGUAUUAACAACUACUUUACAGACUUGUACAAAUAUAAAUUCUGCACUACGUGAUUUAGCAAUGGAGAGAUUAGCUCAAGCUGUGAGUGCAGCAAUGUCCGCAAAUUGUAUUUACGGUAAUAAACAAGAAUUACUAGCACUGCUACAACCACUGUCAUAUCAACAUUUUUUAAUUGAAUGGACUCUACAAACAUAUACUUCCAAAACUGCUUAAUAAGUAUUCUUUAGUUACAAUUAAUUUUAAAGAAAGUAUAUUGUUUAAGUUGAUCAGAAUGAUGGAUAAUGGCUGAUUUAGUGCCUAAAUAAAUUACAAUCAUUGUAUUUCUAUAUAAACAUUAUUAU